AUGAGGGUGACAUUGGGCAUGCUCUGGCUCCUCGCCCUCGGGGGACCCCCCCAAGCCCGGAGCUCUUGCCCCUCUCAGUGCAGCUGCAGUCUCCGCAUCCUGGGCGAUGGCAACAAGGUCAGGACGGUGGUGUGCAAUGACCCUGACAUGACUCUGCCCCCAGCGUCUGUCCCACUGGACACCUCCAGACUGCGCCUGGAGCGGACGGCCAUCCGCAGGGUGCCCGGGGAGGCCUUCAGGCCGCUGGGCCGCCUGGAGCAGCUGUGGCUACCCUACAACGCGCUCAGCGAGCUCAGUAUCCUGAUGCUGCGGGGCCUGCGCCGUUUGAGCGAGCUGCGCAUGCCCGGGAACCGCCUGGCUGCCUUCCCGUGGGAGGCGCUCAGGGACGCCCCCGAGCUGCGGCUGCUGGACCUGCAGGCCAAUCGCCUCUCGGCGGUGCCGCCCGAGGCUGCGCGCUUCCUGGGCAACCUCACCUUCCUCGACCUCUCCAGCAACCAGCUGAUGAGGCUCCCGCAGGAGCUGCUGGCCACUUGGUCUCACCUGCAGACCGGGUCCUUCCUUCUGGGCCACCGCAUCAGGCUGGUCCUAGGGCUGCAGGACAAUCCCUGGGCAUGUGACUGCCAACUCUAUGACCUGGUCCAUUUCCUGGAAGGCUGGGCCCCAAACCUGGCUUUCAUAGAGGCCAGGCUGAGGUGUGCCAGCCCACGCAGCCUGGCUGGAGUGGCUUUCAGCCAGCUGGAACUGAGGAGGUGCCAGAGUCCAGAGCUCCGUCCAGGGGUGGCCAGCAUCAGGUCUCCUUUGGGAAGCACAGUAUUGCUACACUGUGGAGCGUUUGGAGUCCCUGGUCCUGAGAUGAGCUGGAGAAGGGCCAAUGGGCACUCACUCAAUGGCACAGUGCAUCAGGAAGUCUCCAGUGAUGGCACAAGCUGGACUCUGCUGGGUCUGCCAGCUGUGUCCCACCUUGACUCUGGAGACUACAUCUGCCAGGCCAAGAACUUCUUGGGAGCCUCUGAGACUCUUAUCUCCCUAGUUGUCACUGAGCCCCAGACUUCCACAGAGCACAGUGGAAGUGCAGAGGCACUGUGGGCAAGGACAGGGGAAGGGGAGGAAGCUGCUGCGUACAACAAGCUUAUGGCCAGGCAUGUCCCCUACAUCCCUGAGUCUGCAAUCCUGUCCACUGGCCCCUCUGUGCCCGAUGUGAAGGAGGAGCUGAUGCUCCAGCACUUCCAGAUGAGUGCCCCAGCAGAACACUCGAAUGGGCAGACGGGACCCCAGGAGACCCGAAUGGUGAGGUCUCUCAAGGUGUUAGGGGACACUUACCAGAGCGUGACCUUGGUGUGGAAGGCCCCUCAAGCUGGGAACACAACUGUCUUCAGUGUCUUCUACGCAGUCUUUGGGCAGCGUGACAUGCGGCGGCUGGUUAUGCAACCUGGGAAGACCAGGGUCACUAUCCAUGGCCUGGUACCCAAGACCAAGUAUGUGGCAUGUGUCUCUGUGUGGGGCUUGCUUCCCCAGAAAGAGCAGUGCGUCAUCUUCUCCACCAACGAAGUGGUGGAUGCUGAAGCCACUCAGCAGCUCAUCAACGUGGUUGUGAUCAGUGUGGCUGCUGUCAUUGCCCUGCCCCUCACCCUGCUCGUCUGCUGUGGUGCUGUCCAGAGGCGCUGCCGCAAGUGCUGCACUGGGGAUGCCACUGAGGCUGCAGGUGCCUAUGUCAACCUGGACAGGCUGGGCCACAGCGAGGACGGCUCAGAGGAGCUUUCUAGGCACAGCCUCAGUGAGGCUGACAGGCUCCUCUCAGCCCGUUCCAGCUUGGACUCUCAGCUCUUGGGAACCAGGGGGUGCCGAAGAGCCAAUGAGUACUUCUGCUGA